UGGUGGCACGAGUGUGCUGUGCACGAGACGACUGAGCCACUGACCAGAGGUUUCCUGAUGUUACCAGACUUGGUUGCGUCAUGUGAAGUUGUGGCCUUGGUCCGGAGAGGCACGACAUGGAAAGUCGCCCCACAACGAAGUCUGACAGUCAGCUGUCCUGUCAAACACUGUGGACGAACAUUAAAUAUCACCUGGUGUAAAGUCCUCCAGUCAAACUGUGAACAGCUGAAUAAAACAGAGAACGUAGAACUAAGACAGAAUCACAACCAAGCUAAUGAUCAACUAGUAUCUUAUUUGAGUUUCAAGCAGAUUUCCAUUUAUGAUGACGGUCUCUACAGAUGUAAGUUUAUAGGAGACAAACUUGGAGAAUUUAGUCAUUCCAUCAAGAUCUCAGUUUCAGACAAAUACCAGGGUGUUGAAAUGCCUAAAUUUGAAGCAGUCAAGAUAUCGAGCACUGAUGGUGAGGAUGAUUAUUCCUGGCUGCCGUAUUUCUGCAUCCCUGUGAGCAUAGUUCUCCUGAUUGUCACACUGACAGUGAUAACGAUGCUGAAAUUUUACGGCUGGAGGCGAAUACUGACCAUCAACCACACAAAAGGAGAGGAGAUGCCCACUCAUAUGAUACCAGACUUCCCCAAAUGGACCCAUUCUUUCUCUCCUGUCCUACGAAGCAGUGUCUGUACUGUGAAUGACAUCUACUCAUCAACUAGUCCAGAAACCCCAAAAUCGUCACCUGCCCUGUCACCCACUGGAGACCAGCCCGCUGUUUCAAACACAGCAGAUAAAAGCCAACCGUCAGCCUCUGCAGUGUACGCUGUCAUCAGUCAUAGGCAGACCGGGAUGGCUGCCAGAAAACAGAACACAGCGCCAACGGAAGAUAAAAACCCACAAUAUGCUGUCAUCAAAGUUCCCUGAAGGUUGUUGAAUUGACACAGACUCUCACAGAUGAAAUGAUGGAAAAAGUGUUGACAGGUAUGUGUUGGUGUCAUGGAACAAUGAGAUGGUUAGACAUCAGCCACGCUGCAGAAAGAGGCGAACGGAGGAGGCUUGUGGUCAUGUAGAUGCACGGUGUGUCAUCGUAAGUUAGCGUGAUAGAACAGAAGCAGGAAUGUAUUUAAUCUCUCAUGCUCAGAUUGGUCAAUUCCAGUCCUUUUCCAAUUCUGUUUUGUUUCUUUUAGUUUGCGUGACUUGGAUGGCUUUUUUGACUUUGGUGGUUCUUUAAAAAAAGCCAGUGGUUAGGUAGAUGUAUCAUGUACAGAUUUACUGAAUACACAUUGUACAUUUUCCUUCCUUCUUUGGUAUGAAAAUGGAACUUUGAGGCAGAUAUCCAUGUUGUAAAGAAAAGCAGCUUUGAUGUAUAAUCCUUGGCAGAGCCCUGAUUUAUUAGAUUAUAAAUUUUUUGCAUUCCUUUUGAGCUCAUUAUUUGAAUAUUUUCAAGAAAUGUCCCCAUAUACACUUUAUGCAUUCUAAACAUAUUUACAGUUUUUUUUAGUUCACACAUUUUGAGUCCCAUAUACAAACCUGAGUCUGUACGUCUAUGAUCCUCAGCACCUGGCCUGUUGACCACAUCAGUGUGGUUUUGCUUAAAUGUGUGCAGGAAGUUAAAGACGGAAACAUUUUUGAAGCUGCUAAACUCUGUGGUAUAGACCUCAUUUCCCUUAGCUUGUCAAACCUUCUCUAGUUACAUAAAAAUCAAAUAAGAGUGGUAUUUGUUGGCUAUUUAAAAGUACAACAAACUACAAGCAAAGAAGAGCAAUGACAGGAGAAAAACAAUGUGCCUAAACCAAUUUAAGAUAUAAUUUAAAAGAAUGAUAUGCUGACUGUAAGGUAGUAGUAAUUGUUUGGGGUUUUGACCCCUCCAAACAAAUUGAUAUCCACUUGCAACCCUUGUAAUGACUCAAGACAGAAUGAUUUUAUGAGGCAAUGCAAAAUGACAGCAUUUUACCACGAAAAGAAGCAGCAAUUUUUAAAGAAAAAUUUGAGAUAAAGAAGUGGUACAUUACGUUUUUUCUUAUACAUCUGAUUAUCUUGUGAUACCUUCAGAUUUAUUUACUUGUUCUCAAUCCUGGUUAAAAUUGUGAUAUACUGUACAAUGCUGUUUUCUUUUGCCUUUGCUCAUUUGUCUGGAGACUGCUCAAAAAACAUGCAUUUCUGUUUUCUGUAAUUGGAAUGAGUUUUAUUUCCAAGUAGGUUUUUUAACAUACAAGGAAUUCUGCAUGGUGCAUUGCAGUAAAUGCUUAAAAUUACAGAAUUUUUAAAGAAGGAUAAAGGAUUUUUAAAAACCCUCUUGCAAGUCAAUAGACACUAAGUGUUGCAAAACACAUAUAAAGCAAAUGUUAAAUAGCAAAUGUAACAAAUAUGAGUACUUUUAAGUAAUAAGGAAAUAAAAUAUUUACAGUGUGCAAAAAUGUGCAAAUUAUUCACCUGACAAUGUGCAAAUAGUGUAUAAUGUAA